AUGGCAAUAGUCCACCUCGCCUCAGAAGAUGAUACCUUUCAUGAAGAUCAGAUUACGAUUUUCAAAGACUUGUAUCGACUAUUUCAACGGAUCGAAUGGUACCGCUUUAGUCUUCUCAUCCUGCUCCCCGCUUUUGGAUCCGUCGCUGCAUGUUUUGUCCCGCUUCAGGGUAAAACGGCAAUCUUCUCACUGGUUUACUACUCCCUUGGCAUUUUGAGUAUAACUGCAGGCUACCAUCGUCUGUGGGCGCACAGGUCAUAUGAAGCAAGCACUGGAGUGAAGUUAGUGCUGGCUGUUCUCGGGACAAGCUCUGGGCAAGGUACUAUUCAGGCCUGGUCCAAGAACCACAGAGCUCACCAUCGAUAUUCCGAUUCCGACAAAGAUCCAUACGGUGUAAACUAUGGACUGCUGUACGCACAUAUUGGCUGGACUGUCUUAAAGCGAGACACCAGAUUAGUUGGCCGAGUUGAUUUUGACGAUCUCUCGAAGGACCCAGUAGUCAAGUGGCAGGCUCGCCACUACUUGCCGCUUUUUGUGUCGAUGGGCUUUGUGAUUCCCACCACGACAAUGGGCUUGCUGUCUGGCGACUGGCUUGGAGGUUUGAUCUAUGCUGGUAUCUUGCGGGUUUUUCUCGUCCAACAAGCGACCUGCUGUGUAAACUCUCUAGCCCAUUGGGCGGGUGGGAAACCCUUUUCGUCAAAAGGAUCUCCGAGGGAUAACUUGGCGGUUGCCCUCAUUACCAUGGGAGAGGGGUUUCAUAACUUCCACCACCAUUUUCCACGGGACUACCGGAAUGGCAUUCAGUGGUAUUCCUACGAUCCGACAAAGUGGUUGAUAUCUUUGUUACACUGGAUUGGGGUUGUUAAAAAUCUGAAACAGUUCCCCAAAAACGAGAUCGAGAAAUCAAGACUCCAGGAACGACAACUGGUACUGGAUGGCGAGAAGAAGAUGUUGGAUUGGGGAAUUCCCGAGGAAAACUUGCCUUGGAUGUCUUUGGACGAGUACAAGUGGGAGUCUCGUCUCGGGCGUCGCUUACUUCUCAUCGACUCCAUCAUCUAUGAUGUUAACAGUUUCAUCGAGCAUCACCCUGGUGGAGCGGGGAUUAUCUCAAGUAACAUCGGCACAGAUGCAAGCAAGGCUUUCAAUGGAGCAAUAUAUGACCAUUCAAUCGCUGCUAGAAACCUGCUAGCCUCCAUGCGACAUGCUCGUUUGACAAAACCGGUUCGCGGAUGA